AUAUAUAUCACUCUUUCCUCGCGGCGAUUUUUUGAAAAAAAAAAAAAACUUCUUCUCCUUUCCUCUCUUUGUCGCGCGUCAAUACGAAAUUCAUCAUCCACCAAGAUAUCCCGGUAGCUCGUUGCUUGGCACGCUCCGUGGACUUAUUUUCGCAUUCGACUCACGCCUUACUGACUUACUUUACUCGCUCCAACUCGACAAGACGACCUCAAGAUGGAUCCCGCGUGGUUUAUUGAGGCUGUAGAAGGUUCCGUUUCCUUCUGGAAUUGGGUCAUCUUCAUCUUCAUCACCGCGUACGACUUCGUGUCCGACUUUGUCGAAGCAGCCACGGAAUCCGCGUUGGUUGGCGAGAUCGUAAGAGUGUCCGGUUCCUUCUGGAACUGGAUCUCCUACAUUCCCACCGCUGGAGACCAGGCUUGCCGAGCAUUCAUCAAUCUGGAUUUUGAACCAUUCACCCCGCUCAACUGCGCCCUACUUCUCGCCGUCCGUCUCCUGUUGAUUUACGCGAUUGUACGCCUUGAGGCGUACAGUCUCCGAUGGAAUGCCGGCGGAGAAGAUGAUCCCUUGUUUCUUCGUCUCGAUGUUGAUGACAUGUUGGGCAUCUGGAAGGUCGAGCAAAAGCCCAGGAUUCCUGGUACCUGGCCAGAGGAAUCCUCUCCGACGUCGACCAAAUAGUAUUGGUCGCGCGAGAGUGAUCCCUCUUUUAUGUGAGCGACAGCCUCCCUUUCAUUGACCCCAUUUCACGAUAUGCUGACAACAGAAACAGACCCCCCU